AUAUGAGAAUUUUCCAGUUAUUUUAAAAUGUUUACAUAAUUCUCAAGAUAUUACAUCCGAUUUUUUAAGAGAAAUUGAAACACAUAUAAUUUUGUCAGAACAUAUAGGUAAUAAUAUAGCAUGGUGUUAUGGCAUUACUAAAGACCCAGAAUCUAGAAAUUUUAUGAUAGUAAUGGGAUAUGUACAAAAUGGUAGUUUAAGACAACAUUUAAAUAAUACUUUUAAUUCAACAAAAUGGAAUCAAAAGUUGAUGAUUUUACGACAAAUUGCACAAGGCCUUGAUAAUAUUCAUCAAAAAGGGUUAAUUCAUCGUGAUUUUCAUUGUGGUAAUAUAUUAAAAGACACCCAUUAUACUUUAAUUACUGAUUUAGGAUUAUGUCGACCAGCAAAUGUAAAAUCAUCUCAAAAUGAAUGUAAAGAACUAUAUGGAGUAUUACCUUAUGUAGCACCAGAAGUUUUAAGAGGAAAAGGAUACACUCAAGAAAGCGAUAUUUAUGGUUUUGGAAUUAUUGCAUAUGAAGUCUGUACAGGGCUUCCUCCUUAUCAUGAUAUUGCUCAUGAUAAAUUCUUAGCUAUUAGCAUUUGUCAAGGACUUAGGCCAAAAUCAAAUUAUAAAAUUCCUCAAUUAAUUUUAAAUAUAAUUAAUCAAUGUUGGGAUGCUGAUCCUUUAAAACGACCUAAAGCAAAUGAAUUAUUUGAUUUAUUAUUUAAUUUAUAUGGCGUUGAACUCACUAGGCAAAUUGAAGAAGCAGAUAAUAUUAAUGAAAAGUUGACAUCAUCAUCAUCAUUAUAUAUUGGACCUGCUCUUUCAUAUACUACAAAUCCUCAAGCGGUUUACACGAGUAGGCUUUUAGAUUUUAAAAAUCUUCCAGAACCAAAAAAUGCUAUUGAUAACAAGGAUGAUAAUUCAUUUGGAGAAUAUUCAGGUAAUUAAUUUCCUAAUUUACUUUACAAAAGCAUUCUUUAAAUAUUUUAUUUGACGUAUAUAAUUAUUUUUUUUUUUUUAUAUUAUAAAAUCAAUAGAAGCAAUAGAUUUUAUUAAACUAGACCUAGAUAAAAGCAGCUGAAUAAAAGAAAGGAAGGGUGUAUUUCUUUAUUAUUUAUUAUUUAUUUUCUUUAACAUACAUUAUUACAGAUAUGAUAUUUUAUUGGAAUGUAUUUUUUAUGAUU